GAACAGGCAGCCAAGAGACAGGCACACUCAGAGGAAGGAGGGAGACAAACACCGCCAUGGGCUGCUGUAACAGAAGGUGCGGGUUGAUAGCCGGAGCUGUGGUUGGGGUUUUGGUGGCCAUCCUUGGAGGCAUCCUCAUUCCUGUGGGCGACAACAUCAUCAAGGGAACUGUGAAGCAGGAAGCCGUCAUUGAGCCAGGGACGACAGCUUACGAGAACUGGGCGGCUGCAGGGGUAAAGGUGUAUCGGCAGUUCUGGCUCUUCGAGGUGAUGAAUCCACUGGAGGUUUUGGAUUACGGUGCAGCUCCAGUGGUGAUAGAGAGAGGACCUUACACCUACAUGACAAGAUAUCUUGCAAAAGACAACGUCACGUUCCACGAGAAUGACACCGUCUCCUUCCUGCUCCCCAACGGUGCCAUCUUUGAGCCCUCCAUGUCAGUGGGAACAGAAGAAGACAACAUCACCUCUCUGAACCUGGCAGUGGCUGGAGCUUAUUCUGUGGUACCACCAGAAUUACAUAUAUUGAUAGACAAAAUGAUAUAUUCCACCAAUUCGUCCCUGUUCCAGCGCCGAACAGUGAAAGAGCUGCUUUGGGGCUACAACGAUCCCAUCCUGAAACAAUUUGUGGGCUUCUUCCCAGAUUACAACAAAACAUACGAUGGCUACUACAAUGUCUUUACUGGCAAAGAUGACAUCACUAAGGUCGGUCAGAUCGACAUGUGGAGACAAAGCAGGAGCUUGGGUUUUUGGAAUGACACAUAUUGUGACAUGAUUAAUGGGACAGAUGCUUCUUCCUUCGCUCCCUUUGUGGACAAAGAGGAGCCCCUCUUUUUCUUCUCAUCAGACAUCUGCAGAUCUGUGUCGGCCAGCUAUGAGCAGACUGUAAAUCUGAAAGGAAUCGAUGUGUACAGAUACUCUCUUCUCCCAUCUACUUUGGCCUCCCCCGUGGAUAAUCCAGACAACAAAUGUUUCUGCUCAAACAUGAAGGUCACCAAAAACUGCACCCUUGCCGGUGUGCUAGACGUCAGCACCUGUCAACAAGGGCAACCUAUUUAUAUCUCUCUGCCCCACUUCCUGCAUGGCAGUGAAUCACUAGUGAAGGAUGUGUUGGGCUUGAACCCCAAUGAAGAGCACCAUAAAACCUUCUUGGAUGUUGAACCUACCACUGGGUUUACUCUAAAUUUUGCCAAGAGAAUUCAAGUGAACAUGAUGUACGGACCAUCAGACGUCAUUACGGUACUCAAGAACGUAAAGGACUUUACCAUAUUGCCUCUGGUUUGGCUGAAUGAGACGGCGACGUUGGAUGAUGAAACAGCAGACAUGUUUAAGAAAGAGCUCCUAUCUCGUAUCCAGAUGUUGGAGACAGCAGAGUAUUCGCUCAUAGGUGUUGGGGCUGCAAUCUUUCUCAUGUGUAUUAUUGCUUACCUGAUAGUGCGGAAGAGCCAUAACCAAAGCAAGGUUGCAUAGUAAACAACUGACUCAGCUGUUUGUCAUGGGUCAGAGCACAUUCCGGGCAACAUCAUCAGUUUUUUGAUAUAGACUUGCAAAUAUUUGCAAUCACGUCUUAUUUGUCAGCUCUCCUUUUAUUCCAAAAGAGAGGAAUACUGUGAUUUUUUUUAACCGCUCAGUAGAGCUGAUUUUCUUUGCCAGUCAUUGUUUUGAUUUUAAACACUGUAACAUGAACUCAAUCAGGGAUUUCUUGAGGGACAGCGAAUAUAAACUCAUCUGAACUUUGCCUCAAAGGAGAGAAGGGGGUUUAUUUGACACCCUAUGAAAGAAAUGUAGAAGCGCAAAUGUUCAUAAACUUUGCUAAACUAGUGUGAUGAAAAUGAAU